AUGUUCUUCGCGUUCUCUGAAUAUACAUUGCCUUUCUUAAUCGGGCUUUGUGCGCUCGAGAUAAGCUGGAUCAUAUACUGUCGUUAUUUCCAUCCUUUACGUUCCGUGCCAGGGCCGUUCUUGGCUUCAAUUAGUCGGUCAUGGAUUGUGUUCAACACCGCGAGUGGCAGGAUGGAACACACCCAACGCAGAUUACACAAGAAAUAUGGUCAGCUCGUACGAAUUGCACCGAACGAGAUCGCUUGCUCAGACCCAGCGGCAAUCAAGACAAUAUACAGCACUAAGAGUGUUUUCAACAAGUCGGACUUUUAUGAUGCCUGGGCACCACCAAAUAAUGGCUAUGUGGGACAUUUUCCCUCUCGUAACGAGAAGGAGCAUUCAGAGCGGAGACGGAUUGUGAAUAACGUUUAUUCAAUGUCCAGUGUUCUUGAGUCAGAAAAAGCUAUCGAUUGGUGUACACAGCUUUUCUGUGAUACUUUCAACGUUCUUGCCCGUCAGAAUAAAGCGAUCGAUUUGGGGUUAUGGAUCAACAUGUAUACAUUUGAUGUUCUGGGCGAACUCUUUUACGGCAAAAUGUUUGGGUUCAUGAGUGAACGUACCGAUAUCGGUGGAUACAUGAAAGCUAUCGACUCUCUCCUUCCUGCUUUUACUAUCGGCGGAACCGUCCCUUCAUAUCUUACAAAGAUGUACCUUCUAUCUACAAUUCUGAUCUCGCCAUCUAUUCGUGGAGCCCUAGGAGCUGUGAAGAAAAUUGAGGAUGCCUCGAAGGCAGCUGUUGAAAAACGCAAAGUCGAACUUGCUACGGCUGCGGAUGACAAGCAUGAUAUGAUCCGAAAAAUGCUCGACAUCAACACCGAAAAGGGUGAAAAGAUUGAUUUUACCCAUGAACACAUAUACGUGGAAUCUCACAGCUCAAUUUUCGCAGGCGCGGAUACAACAGCUAUAGCAAUCAACAGUGUCCUGUAUCACUUGAUGAAGAACCCUAAAGCUUACAAAAAACUGACGGCGGAGAUUGAUGAAGCGGUCACCAAUAGCACUCUUCAUAUCCCAGUUUCCUAUGCGGCAGCUAUCAAACUGCCCUAUCUCAAAGCCUGCGUCAAUGAGGGCAUGCGUAUGCAUCCUAGUGUGGGCUUGACGAUGCCGCGAGUUGUACCUGCUGGCGGUACUAUUAUAUGCGAUACUGACAUUCCAGCUGGGUAUCGAGUGGGUAUCAAUCCUGCUGUUGUACACUACGACAAAGAGGUAUUCGGGUCCGAUGCCGAUGAGUUUAACCCUGAUCGUUGGAUUAUUGGAGAUGCUGUCAAGAUGGAAAAAACAAUCCUUCAGUUUGGAGCUGGUAGUAGGACGUGUAUCGGGAAGAAUAUAUCUCUCAGCGAAAUAUACAAGUUAAUCCCGCAAAUUCUAAGGUUGUUUACUAUUCGGUUAGAGGACCCAAGUAAGGACUGGGAAACGCAUAACUAUUCAGCACCAUCUCUUCCUCCUCCUCUACAGAAGGUAUCGGAUUGGGGAUACCAUGCCCCUUUGUAUGAAGAUCCAAAUGAUACCCCCACUUCAGGUGCUCCUCCUGCGAACACCGAGGGUUUGUUCGAACUUGAAGCAUACCCAAAAGGUCUAUUCGAAUUACAAACUUCUUCACCCGGAAAGAAAGAAUCUUCGUCAGAUAUCAAGGGGGUACCGGAUAUCUAUCCGGUAACAAAGACAUUCAAUCCAGAUCCUUUCGUGGUCCCAUUCUCUCUAUUCUCUCACGGCCCUAAUAUAUACCCGACAGGGCUUGACACUCCGCCCUUAGAAACUUGGGAUGUUCAAAUCCCGCCAGAUACGUGCCCCCCGAGGCUCUGCGAUAUCUGUAGACUGGUUAACACACGCCAAGAUAAAUUAGACAUUGAACAUCACAAUCUUGAGGGGUUGAAAAUUGCGAUUGCCGAAGGGUGCAGGCUGUGUCGCUUUAUUUUCGAACAUGCUUUGAAACAUAACCAUGUGUCUACCGUCAAGCAGUGGUAUAGUAAUCAUUUGCCGACGCUGGCGAUCAGGACCGAGCGAAGUUCUUCAACUUUUCUGCUAUGGCCUUAUCUGAGUGUGAGUUUUGAGUUGUGUCGGUCUGCAGAUUACGAAUCGGAAGAAGAAGAUCCUAUUAGGUUCCAAGAUAUAUCCGCGGAUCCUAGUGGAGACAGCUCUAUUAAUCUCAUCAAAGGGUGGAUCAAUGAGUGCGAAUCCUCACAUCCUCGGUGUCGUAAUGUGUCGGGACGUUUACCAACAAGACUAAUUAAUGUCACAUCUCCGGAGCCUUUCAUUGUCUCUCUCUCGCCCGCUUCAACCGACGCUAUAGAGUAUGCUGCCUUGAGUCACUGCUGGGGUCAAAAACCGACAAUUACCACCAAGAAAUCGAAUUUCGAAAGCCAUUGCGACAUGAUCCCUAUGUCUACGCUGCCCAAAUCCUUUUCUGAUGCAGUCAUGGUUACACGAAAAUUGGGCAUUCCAUUUCUGUGGAUUGAUUCUCUCUGCAUCAUACAGGACUCGGAAGAAGAUUGGCAAAGGGAAUCGGCGAUGAUGGGGGACAUUUACCGGAAUUCUCAUCUUACUCUGUCGGCACUAGAUGCGUCGGACAGUCAUUGUGGCUUUAUUUGUUCUAGAAGCAGAGACAGCCUGGUCCAUCUUUCCGGCAACGAUUCGAGUCAGGAGUUGUAUGUAAGGCCCGCUUCGAAACCUUGGGAUACUCUGUUCUCCGAUGCUCCACUGAACAAGCGAGCUUGGGCAUUACAAGAACGUCUGCUAUCCACACGAGUCGUUCAUUUUAGCAAGACCGAACUCCUCUGGGAGUGCUACUUCAAACGUGUUCUCCCAUCAAUCCACUACGAUCUCGAAUCUUUCAAAGGAAGCCACACAGCCUGGUAUCGCGUGGUUCAAAGCUAUUCCGGGCGUUCGCUGACCAGACAAUCCGACAAACUCCCCGCCAUAGCAGGUAUUGCCGCAUCCAUCGCCAGUGUCACGGGCUUUGACUACCGGCAUGGACUGUGGGCAGAAGACUUCAAAGCCGGUCUCCUAUGGCGAAUCGAUCCUUCUUCACUAAGCUCCAAUCUGGAUCUAAACACCGAGCCCACCCUCGACCUACACACCCCCACCGUCCCCUCUUGGUCCUGGACAUCCAUCAACAGCAAAGUCCUUUACGACGUUGGGCUCAGUACGCACGCCCCACACAUCGACGCUCGCCCCUCCCCAUACGACGCACAUUUUCUCGAAGCGCAAACGCGUCCUGACCCCGCGUUCUUCAACGCCCGUUUCAUCCAUAGUACCUCCCGCGUCCUAACGCUAUACGCGCUCACGCGUCCCGUACUGCUCCGCGCGGAAACGCCAUAUACAGCACAGGUCUUCGACGCCGAGAACUACAGUGCAACGAGCUCUUCGUUCGCGUCAGCAAGUCUGGAACGCGGCGUUAGCGGCGGCGAGGACUUGCUUGCGGUGUGGAUAACGAAUAUGAGGACGUCGGGGAGUGUGAGUGAACAGCUGUUUUUUCUGUUGGUGGUAAGGGGGAUGGAGGGGUUCAGGAGGAUUGGGAUGGGGGUUAGUGGGUCGGGGUUUGGGCCUUUUCGGGGCAUGGGAGAGGAAGCGAGGAGGAGGGUCGAUUUGGUGUAG